AAGUGAUGAAAGUGACAUAAAUAUGCGCGUGUGUUGUGUUGUUAGUGACGAGUUCGUUGAGAAUUCCAUAAAUGUGAUUUUUAAACAUAUUUCUGUACUGAGUGAUGCGUAUUUUUGUUAACAAUUUCUCUGAAACUCGUAUGACUGGUUCCGUACGGAGAUUUCCAUUUGUUUUUAACUCCUCAGUCAGUGUUGGUCGGUACCGGCUGUGUGCCAUGUGUUAUUGGUGAAAACGUGAAUUUAUUUUAGAAAGUUUCAUUCCAGACAUUUCUUUUGGAAAUUCAACUGGGGACCAACACACAUCAAGAAACAUCCAGAAUCAUCCAAACCCGGCGACAUUAACCGCGCAACAGUUUUCAUAGAUUACAUACAAAAAUUUCAUACAAAAUUCAGUGAUGAGUGCUUAGUUGUUGUGUGGAAAAAAACAUCGCAUGGAAUUGCAGUGCGUGGGUUCGAGUCUCCGGUUGAGCAAACAGAAGAAUAGGUCAAGAUGAGCGUGGUAGAGGGCGGGGGGCCGGAGGCGCCGGCCCUCACUGCGCCGGCGACAACGCCAACAACGCCACCACCCACUGCCAUCACCGCCGAUGCUACAGGACAACUCAUACAGGUCCCAGUCGCCCCCCGGAAGCCUCCCCGAAGAGGUCCGAAGGUCCAACAGGAGAGGCCAAAGAGGGCACUGUUCUGUCUCACCUUGAAGAACCCCGUCAGAAAGACAUUCAUCGACAUCGUGGAGUGGAAACCAUUCGAGUACAUGAUUCUCACAACCAUCUUCGCCAACUGCAUCGCCCUAGCUGUCUACACACCAUACCCGGCCAGCGAUUCAAAUUACACCAAUUGGGUUCUUGAAAAGAUCGAAUACGUGUUCUUAGUAAUAUUCACGGGGGAGUGCGUCAUGAAGAUCAUUGCUUAUGGGUUUAUCAUGCAUCCUGGCUCCUAUCUCAGAAACGGCUGGAACUUGUUGGAUUUCACGAUUGUUGUCAUCGGAAUGGUCAGCACAGUGUUAUCGAGUAUAUUCAAGGACGCGUUCGAUGUGAAAGCUCUGAGGGCGUUCAGAGUGCUCCGACCGCUUCGUCUCGUCUCCGGCGUGCCAAGUCUCCAGAUCGUGUUGAACUCCAUCCUGAAAGCGAUGGUUCCGCUCCUCCACAUCGCGUUACUCGUCAUCUUCGUCAUCAUCAUCUACGCCAUCAUUGGGUUGGAGCUGUUCUCUGGCAAGAUGCAUAAGAGCUGCUACAACAAAUAUACAGAUGAGAUCAUGGACACUCCUCACCCAUGCGACGUCGACAAUGGCUUCAACUGCUCCCAGAUCGGCGAAGAAAUGGAGUGUCGUGAAGGAUGGAUAGGCCCUAACUUCGGCAUCACCAACUUUGAUAACUUCGGCCUUUCUAUGCUGACUGUCUUCCAAUGCAUCACCCUCGAAGGAUGGACUGAUGUCAUGUAUAAUAUACAAGAUGCGAUGGGCAACAGUUGGGAGUGGAUCUACUUCGUGUCGAUGGUCAUCUUGGGCGCAUUCUUCGUCAUGAACCUCAUUCUCGGUGUGUUGUCUGGAGAGUUCUCCAAAGAAAGAGAAAAAGCAAAAAACAGAGGAGAUUUCCAGAAGCUUCGAGAGAAACAGCAGCUGGAGGAAGAUCUGAAGGGCUACCUCGACUGGAUCACGCAGGCAGAGUACCUGGAACCACUGGCUGAUCAGCAUGAACACCAUCCACCUGUAGACCAAACCAGGGACUAUGGGAUAGAAUACAUUUCAGGUCAGACGCAGAACGAGCACGACUCGACAGACCAUCUGGGCAUAGAGACGAACGAACAACAGAAAGUAUCUUUUUGCAAAGCGUGGAAGAAAGACUUUGACAAAGUGAACCGUCGAAUGAAGCGCGCGUGCAGAAAAGCUGUGAAGUCCCAAACUUUUUACUGGCUGAUCAUAGUGCUGGUGUUUCUGAACACAGUGGUACUGGCCAGCGAGCACUAUCAACAGCCAGAGUGGUUGGACCUCUUCCAGGAGUACGGCAACGCUUUCUUCGUGGCUCUGUUUACGCUGGAAAUGUUGGUCAAGAUGUACAGUUUAGGUUUACAAGGUUAUUUCGUCUCUCUGUUCAACCGCUUCGACUGCUUCGUUGUCAUCGGCUCCAUCAGCGAGAUGGUGCUCACUAAGACUGAAGUCAUGCCUCCUCUGGGCAUCUCCGUGUUGCGCUGCGUCAGGCUGCUCAGGGUCUUCAAAGUUACCAAAUACUGGCGCUCACUCUCUAACUUAGUAGCGUCACUCCUGAACUCCAUUCAGUCAAUCGCGUCUCUUCUGUUACUGCUAUUUCUGUUCAUUAUGAUCUUCGCGCUGUUGGGGAUGCAGGUUUUUGGAGGGAAGUUCAACUACGAUCCAGUGGAGGAGAAGGAUCGACACAACUUUGAUUGCUUCUGGCAGGCAUUGCUGACUGUGUUUCAGAUCUUAACAGGUGAAGAUUGGAACGCAGUAAUGUAUGAAGGUAUCAAAGCGUAUGGCGGUGUGGGCACACUCGGGAUCCUCGCCUGCAUUUACUUCAUCAUUUUGUUCAUAUGUGGCAACUACAUCCUCCUAAAUGUGUUCUUGGCCAUCGCUGUAGACAACUUAGCUGAUGCAGAAUCAUUGACCAACAUAGAAAAGGAUGAGGCACAGGCACCAGAAGAGAAAGAAGGUGGGAGUGUGGUAGCGGCUGAAGGAGUUCAUAUAGAUACUGAUGACGAGUACAUUCAUGAUGACGACGUGUAUACUUCGGAUAACUCUGAAAGAGAAUACGAAGAAACAGGGUCAGAAGGAGAGCAACAAGAUGAGAUGGAAGGAGAAAUAGAGGAGAUCAUUGAUGAAGAAAACGAAGGGAAUGAAAGAACCGAAGAGGAACAAGAGCGAGAAGACCAGGAGAUGAUGGAAGGGCAUCAAAGAAAUCAUAUAGUGAACACAGAGUUGGAAGAAGAGCCUCGACUGAAACGUAAGCCCACGACUUCGUCGGCGCGGCCGCGUCGCCUCUCCGAGGUUGAUAUAUGCGACACUAAGAAACCCAUACCCGAUGCCACCUCCUUCUUCAUAUUUACUAAGACCAACAGGUUCCGAGUGUUUUGCUACAAGAUGUCAUCAUCUUCCACAUUUGGGAACAUCAUUCUGGUCUGCAUCAUGCUGUCUUCUGCCAUGUUAGCAGCAGAAGAUCCUUUGGAUGCUGCACAAAAAGGAUUUCGAAAUUGGUUGCUAAGUCAAUUCGACGUGUUCUUCACUGGUAUCUUCACGCUGGAGCUGUUCCUGAAGCUGGUCACGUACGGGCUGCUCCUCCACGAGGGUGCCUUCUUGCGGUCCGCCUUCAACGUGCUUGAUAUGCUCGUCGUCUGCGUCUCGCUUGUCUCUAUGAGCUUUAAGUCGGGUAGUAUAUCGGUGGUGAAAAUAUUGCGAGUGUUUAGGGUGCUGAGGCCCUUAAGGGCUAUUAACAGGGCCAAGGGCCUUAAGCACGUUGUACAAUGUGUGAUCGUAGCCAUCAAAACUAUCGGCAACAUAUUAUUGGUAACAUCAUUACUGCAAUUUAUGUUUGCCGUUAUGGGAGUGCAAAUGUUCAAGGGCAAAUUUUUUAGAUGUAAUGAUAUUUCAAAAAUGACAAAGGAUGAAUGUCAAGGAACGUAUUUAGUGUUUGAGAAUCGCAACUAUUUGGUGCGGGACAGAGAGUGGACGCGGUAUGACUUCCAUUUUGAUAACGUCAUGAAGGGCAUGCUCACACUAUUCACUGUGUCUACAUUUGAGGGAUGGCCAGGGUUGUUGUACGUCUCUAUAGAUUCGAAUGCUGAAGAUCGAGGUCCCAUAACCAACUUCCGUCCAAUUGUUGCAGCCUAUUAUAUUAUUUACAUUAUUAUUAUUGCCUUCUUUAUGGUAAAUAUAUUCGUCGGUUUCGUCAUAGUGACGUUCCAAAACGAGGGUGAGCAGGAAUACAAAAAUUGUGAAUUAGAUAAAAACCAGAGAAACUGCAUAGAGUUUGCGCUGAAAGCUAAACCCAUAAGAAGAUACAUACCAAAGCACAGAAUACAGUACAAAGUAUGGUGGUUUGUGACGUCACAGCCGUUUGAGUACGCCAUCUUCGUGCUGAUCAUGAUCAACACCAUCACCCUCGCCAUGAAGUACCACAACCAGCCCCAUGAGUACAGCAAGGCUCUCGACUUGUUGAACAUGCUGUUCACCGCUGUCUUUGCCUUGGAGUUCAUUUUCAAACUUGCUGCUUUUAGAUUUAAGAACUACUUCGGUGACGCUUGGAACACGUUCGACUUCAUCAUCGUCCUGGGCAGCAUCAUUGACAUCGUUGUCUCCCAAGUAAACGAACUCAAGAACCAGGGAAGUGGCAUACAUAGGACACACGUUGUUAAGGAAAGUUCAAUACCCUCGAUAAACUUCUUCCGUCUCUUCCGUGUCAUGAGGCUGGUGAAGCUUCUGUCCAGGGGUGAGGGUAUCAGGACUCUUCUCUGGACCUUCAUCAAGUCGUUCCAAGCACUGCCCUACGUUGCCCUGCUGAUUCUCAUGCUGUUCUUCAUUUAUGCUGUCGUGGGGAUGCAGGUAUUCGGAAAAAUAGCGAUAGACGAUGACUCACCGAUCACAAGGAACAAUCACUUCCAGACAUUCCCGCAAGCACUUCUUGUGUUGUUUCGUUCUGCAACUGGUGAGGCCUGGCAAGACAUCAUGAUGGGCGUCUCCCCGGAGCCAGAAGUGAAGUGCGAUAAGAACUAUCACGAAGAAGGAGAUGUGGAGAUAGAGGACAGCGGGGGAACAUGUGGCAGUGUGCUCGCAUUCCCAUACUUUAUUAGUUUUUACGUUCUUUGUUCGUUUUUGAUCAUCAAUUUAUUUGUGGCUGUCAUUAUGGAUAAUUUCGACUAUUUAACCAGAGACUGGUCAAUAUUGGGACCACACCACUUAGAUGAAUUUAUAAGGUUAUGGAGUGAAUAUGACCCUGACGCCAAGGGUAGAAUUAAACAUUUAGAUGUAGUUACUUUAUUAAGAAAAAUUAGUCCACCUUUAGGUUUUGGCAAGCUAUGUCCGCACCGCGUGGCAUGCAAACGCCUCGUGUCUAUGAACAUGCCGCUAAACUCGGACGGCACGGUGCUCUUCAACGCCACGCUGUUUGCCGUCGUUAGAACAUCGCUCAAGAUCAAAACUGAAGGCAAUAUAGACGACUGCAACACAGAACUCAGGGCUGUCAUCAAAAAGAUUUGGAAGAGAACAUCUCCUAAAUUACUAGACCAAGUAGUUCCACCGCCUGGCGACCCUAACGAGAUCACUGUUGGCAAGUUCUACGCGACCUUCCUCAUUCAAGAUUACUUCAGAAGGAAUCACGCGUUCAAAAAGAGAAAGGAGCAGGAAAUGCGGCAGAGUGAUGAACAGACGCACCACCAGAUGACGCUGCAGGCGGGUUUGAGGACCUUGCACGAGGCAGGCCCGGAACUGAAGAGAGCGAUCUCAGGGAACCUGGAUGAUAUUUCUGCGGAAUGCGAUGUGCCUAUGCAUAGGAGGAACCACUCCUUAUUCGGAGGUGUCUGGUCAAGUAUACGAAGACAUGGACCGAACAGACACUUUCAUAGACAUCGAAAGCAUGGCGAGCCUCCCACAGAUGAACAAACAAUUUAUACUCAUUCGUCGUCUGCCGAACAACUGCUAACAGAAUAUGAUGGAGGAGGUGGUGGCGCUGCUGGUGUCGGUAACCAUUUGAGUUCAAUGAUGCAAAGAGAGUAUGGAGUUGGACCACUGCCUCUUACACCUAACUUAGCAAAUGGACAGCCAAAAGAACAAAUACCACUAAGGCCGUUGAUAUUCAACGGAGAGUCGGAGAAAAUUUAUCAAGUGCUAGACAAUCAAAAGUCCAACUACCCGGAGAUGCUCGGCCAGAUCGGGCUGGCCUUCGGCUGCGUCAACUAUCUGUCGACGCCGAGCGAGGGCCUGACUGCGGCGAAACCGACCGCCACGGUUUCAAGGCAAAAAGUUCACCCCGAAGACUCGACGUCUUCAAGGGAGAAACUGUCAAUACCGAGGAUGGCGUCAAUGGAGGACAAAACGCCAUCUCCGAACGCGUUUGAGCAAAUACAGCCGAAGAUAUCGCCACUGCUGGCGAGCGAGUGUACGCCGACGACCGAGUCGCGGACUAUGACGUUGUACGGGUACAAUGCGGCCGCGAAGCUGCCGUUCGCGUUCUCGCACGCCAAGGAGCGCGUGAGCCGGGGCGGGGAGCGGCGCAGCCUGCGCGCCAUCAAGCCGGCGCUGUGCGGAGCAGGAGGAGAUAGCUUUGGGCGUGGGGUGGUGUCGCUGCCCGGCAGUCCGAGAGGAAACAACUCUUCGGCACCUGUCGUGGUGGGGUCCGCAGAGAGCCUGGUUACAAGAGUUCUAACCGAGCAAGGUCUAGGUGACUACUGUGACCCAGAGUUCGUGCGGAAUACUUCUCGUGAGAUGCAGGAGGCACUAGAAAUGACACAGGAGCAGAUGGACAGAGCUGCGCAUCAGCUGAUGAUCAACGAGAAGAACAUAAAACAAGCUCAAAGCCAACAACCCCAAGUUGGUAACAUUUGGGUUAUAGGGCGACAUCCUUGCCCGUCAGUACCACCCGUUCCACCAGCCGGCGACGAUGCCGCCGCCGGUGUUCAAGCGGUUAUAGCACCCGCCCCCAGCCAGCGCGCGCCCACGCAGGUCGCCACCGGCCCGUGCGGCGCGCGCGACCACACUCGUCAGACACACCAUAGGAAAAAAAGAAAACGCAAACCAGUACUGGUUUAGCGACAUUUUAUUAUAUAAACAAUGUUUCCGUUACAUACUUUAAUCAUUUCAUUAUAGCGAACAGUAAUUCAGUGCAACCGACUGAGUUAUUUGACGCGUCACGAUAUCUAUGCUCAAAUUCUUCGUUUGUUUCUCAAUUUUUCUAACAGGUGGAACAAAGUUAGAGUACGUGAUGUACUUUUUUAAAUUCUAUUACUGUGGUAUCACAGUUACAGUGAGAUUGUAGUUGUUUAGGUAUAGCGUAAUUUCAGGGCCACGGAACUUAUUUGUACCCACUCCAAAGUGUUGGGUACUUACUUUGUCGAUAUUUCAGAAAUGGCCCUUUUAAAUUCUUAAAUUAGAAAAUGUAAAAUUUUGACUUUGAGAGAGAAAACACUCUCCUUAUCUAAAAUAGAUAGAAAACGUAAUUUACAAUAUAUGGUUUUAUCCUUUUUAGGUAUUCGAAUUGAUUACUUUGCAUUGCUAAUUGUAUUGUGCAAGUUUUGAUAAAUAGUAAACGAUUGUAACUUUAAUAAAAUUGGUAUAAUGAUGUGGAUUUUAUAAAACUUGCAUGAGACAAGGGCUUUAUACUUUGGAAAGUAAAGAAUAUACUUAUAUUUGAUAACGCGGACGAUUCUUCCUCUACUUUAAAAAUUAAAUAUUUCUUAAAGUAACGAAGCUUUCGAAACUCUUGAACGCUAGAGCUUUUGUGGUGAAUUAUGAAAUUUGGUGUUAUUUAAUUUAAUGAGAUCGCUUUAAUUGUUACGGUUCAGUAUUAAGUGGGGAGCUAAUUACUUGUUUAGCGAUAUUCGAGUAACUUAAAUUGUCUAGACGUUACGUUGUUUGGUUUCCUAUGUUCUAGCACCAGAUCCAAGACAAUACCGUUUUUGAAGACUUUGAUGUACUGAUUGUGUAACUAGCCCUCGACGUAGGGGAUCCAAUUUUCAGUAGUUUACCCAAAAGUUGAAUUUAUAAAAAUUAAUGGCCCCCGGUGACAUUGAGUGACAGGGACGCGUACAGGUGACAAACAGUGAUUUUUAUAAGUUCAGCUAUAUUGAAUAGCUAUGACCACUUUUAGAUUAGACACUAAUCAAAUUGUAGCGUAAACUCUAGGCUCAGUCGCCUAAGAUAAAAACUAAAGAUGAGAGUCUGAUUUUCAUCUUUUCAGUAACUUUACAAUGUAAAAGUAAGCACUAUUUUGAAGUUUUAAUAGAUUUUAUAGGUGGAUCGAUUUAUAUACGAUAUUUCCACCCAUGUCCUUCUCGGGUUGUUCGUGGUAUUUAUGUUUUACAUCCUAAACUCCGACGUAUGAGCUUAGUAUGGGAACAUAGUUUGUCCUUCGCUGCAUUAGUUCAACAAGAUGGAGUCGUUAUCGUUUGGGCAAUAAUUUCCACAGCGGACAUCUUUGCUUUAUCUAAAGCUGCGUGUACUUGUGAUAAUGUCGCGGAGUGUUUAUUUAGUGUAAUUUCAUCCAACUUUGUCACGGUUCUACUGACUUUAUUGUGGAUUUUCUUGUCCAAAUUCAAUUAUCUGAAGUAGGCAGUUCAUGAGGAUUUUUAUACCUAGUGGCUUUUAGUCAAUUUUUGCCAAUAACAUUAUAAAGUCGAUAGAACUGAAACCUCUUUUAAUUUCAUAAAAGACAGUUAAAAAUAAUCGUGUAAAUGCGAAGAGGCAUUUACUAAAAUCGAUUGUCUCGACUUAUUGAUUAGUUAGACAGCGGAGUUAGGUAAACAUUAUCUAUUUAGUUUAUUAUUCUAGUUAAAUUUAACGGAAUUUGCAACAUCUUGAACUAAUUGUUAGUUUAUAACAAUAUUACAAACUACAUCUUACGUUGGUCAUUUCAUUUUGUUUAAAAAAGACGGUUAUUUAAAGAAACUCAAAUUGUGAUGUGACAUAAGAACAAGGUGUUGCAAGUUAAAAAAAUCUUAGCUCUAUAAGAUAUUCCCUAGUAAGUGCCCUUUUAAACUCUAUGAAGCGACGUAGUGUAGAUAUUAUCGUCAGCAACUCCAUGUACCGUCACACUCCACAUUCCUCUAGAAUUAAGGUCAAUCUUAACAACUUUGUAUUCUGUUAAAACCUCUUCGCAGAAGGAUUUUUAACUUCUGAAGGCGCGUGUUUGACCACAAAUAUUGUGAUUUUGUCCAAUAACAAUGGCACCAUUAGAUCCAAAUAAAUCAUCAAAAUAUUUUUUACUGUAUGUUUCGUAAGAAGUGUUUAUUUUUUUUCAUAAGAGUUGCAACAUUCGUCGUCACGCACCCGCCUUCACAUCCUAUCGUUUAGGCUACAACAGCAAAGAUUAGGUGGAGAGGCAACGCACAAAUGUAAGACAAUGAUGUUCGUGAAAUUCUAAAUGUAUAUAAAUAUGUAUGUAGAUCAACUUCGUCAUCUAAAUAGAAUAGUUUCUGAACCACCUACGAUGAAUUACUUUCGUGGUACUUUUUUCUCAGCAAAUAUUGAGACAAAUGGUCUUGUUUCACGUAAUAGUGUAGACUUACCUACGCUUAUUUAUAUAUUAUUAUGUUUAAGUAAAAGCUCUUCUUGUCUUUGUUGUUAAAGUAGCCUAAUCUAUGCUUCCUCUAAACUUUCAGUGCCAACUUAUUAGACGUUGAAUUUAAAUUUUAAAGUUGCCUUUAUAUUUUCUGCCAUUUUAUAUACCUACUCGUUUGUAAUUCCUAUCCUAUUGUCUUUUCUGUUGAGUCUAUAGUCUAUAUAAGAGUUUAUUGAAGAAUUUUAAAGAUUUUUAUUGAAAAUAAAGUAGAACUCCAUGCAAUGUAAUAUGUAUUGAGACGCUGCUCUUAUUUUAGCAGUUACAUUUGAAUGAGUGCAGAUAUGCGAGGCGUACUUCAGAAAGUUGUAAGUUCCUCAAUGUGAGGAAAUAUCUAAAGUUUUAAAAUAUUCAUUCGUUAGUGAUUUCAUCUGUAAAUAAUGUACAAAAUUAAACAAAUCUGUACCUACUCUGAGAAAUAUGAUUUUAAGUACGUUUUUAUAUUCCUAGCGUAAAAACCGCUAGCAGUAAAGAAUCUCGAUUGUAAAUACUUCUGUAAAUAAAGAAAGUGUAAAAGUUAUAUAUUCCGUCAACCAUAUUAAAAUUGAUACAUUAUUAAUUAUCUAUAUUUAUUGUUUAAAAAUGAACAUUGUAAAA